AUGGCCCCCAAAGACCUCCAGAGGCCUCCAGGGACAUCCAGAAGUCUCAUGGGACCUCCAGGGAUAUUUACGUUGCCUCAAGGGACCUCUAGGGACCUCCAGGGGCUUCCAUGGACCUCAAAGGGCUUUUACGGACCUCCAGGAGGACCUCAAGGGGCCACAGGGACCUCAAAGGGCCUCCAGGGAUAUCAAGGGACCUCCAGGGACCACAAGGGGCCUCUAGAGACAUCUUUGGGGCCUCCAAAGACCUCCAGGAACCUCCAGGGGCCUCUAGGGACCUCCAGGGACCUCUCGGGGCCUCCAGAGACCUCUCGGGGCCUUCAGGGACCGCCAAGAGCCUCCAGCAACCUUAAGGGGCCUCCAGGGAUAUCCGAGAGGCCUCCAAAGACAUCCAGGGGUCUCCAGGGACCUCCAAGGGCUUCCAGCGACCUCCAGAGACCUCUAGAUGCUUCAAGGGACCUCCAGGGACAAUCAGGUGGCCCCCAAGGGCCUUUAGAGACCUCCUUGGACCUCCAAAGGCCUCAAGGGGCCUCCAGUGACCUCAAGGGGCCUCCAGGGACUUCCAGGGACCUCUAUGGGGCCUCCAGGGACAUCCGAGGGGGCCUCCAAAGACCUCCAAGGGCCUCCACGGACCUCCACGGACCUCCAAAGGCCUUCUGGAGCCUCCAGGGACCUCCAAGAACCUUCAGGAGGCAUUUAGGGGCCUCCAAGGGCCCCCAGAGGCCUCCAGGAACCUUCAGGAGCCUCCAUGGACCUCCAGGAGCCUCAAGGGACCUGCAGGGUCAUUCAUGUGGCCUCCAGGGACCUUCAAGGGCUUUUACAGACCUCCAGAAAGCGUUUAGGGGCCUCCAGGGACCUGGACUUCCAGAGACCUCUAGGGGGCCUCCAGGGGCAUCCGACGGGGCCUUCAAAGACCUCCAGGGACCACCAGGAGUCUCCAGGGACCUACAAGGGCGUCCAAAGGCCUCCAAGAGCCUCCAGGAGGCAUUUAAGGGCCUCCAGGGACCUCCAAAGGCCUCCAAGGACCCCUCAGGAGCCUCCUGGGACCUCAAGGAGCCUCAAGGGACCUCUAGGGGCCUCAAGGGACCUGCAGGGGACAUCCUAGGGGCUUCCAAAGACCUUCAGGGACGUCCAGGGGACUCUAGAAACAUCUUAGGGAUCUCCAAAGACCUCCAUGGGCCUUCAGGGACCUCAAAGGACCUCCAGGGACAUUCAGGUGAGCCUCCAGGGACCUCAAAGGCCUCUAGUGACUUCAAGGGGCGUCUAAGGGGCCUGCAGGGACAUCUUAGGGGCCUCCAAAGACCUCCAUGGGCCUCCAAAUACCUCCAGGGGCCUUUAGGGACUUCCAGGAGGCAUUUAGGGACCUCAGGAGGCCUCCAAGUACCUCAAGGGGCCUUUAGGGACCUCCAAGAAGCAUUUAGGAGCCUCCAGGAGACCUCCAAGGGCCUCCAGUUACCUCCAGGGACCUCCAGGAGCCUCCACGGACCUCCAGCAGCCUCAAGGGACCUGCAAGGUCAUUCAUGUGGCCUCCAAGGGCCUCUAGGGACUUCCAGGAGGCAUUUAGGGGCCUCCAGUGCCCUCUAA